AUGUCCCCUCACGCUUCGCCAGAUCUGGAGGUGGCCGAUAUCGACAAGUCGUAUGUGGACAAUGUCGAAGUCAUUGCCAAUGCCGACAAGCCCAAUGCGAGGAAAGAGGCACCGGCCUAUGUCGCCGGCCUGUCGCCUGAGGAGCGUGAGAAGGCCGAAAAGGCCCUCGUUCGCAAGAUCGACAUCCGCCUGCUGCCCAUGAUCAUCGUCAUGUACAUUCUCAACUACUUGGACCGAAACAAUAUUGCCGCGGCUCGUUUGGCAGGUCUAGAGAAGGAUCUUGGUCUCGUCGGCAACCAGUACUUGACCUGCGUGAGCAUUCUGUUUGUGGGUUACCUCUUGAUGCAGAUUCCCUCCAAUCUGCUCCUCAAUAAGUUCGGCAAGCCGGCGAUCUACCUGCCAACCGCCAUGAUUCUGUGGGGUAUCAUCUCGACUGCCACUGCAGCUGCACAGAACUUUGCGGGUCUCGUGGUGACUCGAUUCUUCCUCGGUUUCAUUGAGGCUGCUUACUUCCCCGGCUGCCUCUAUUUCCUAAGUGCCUGGUACACCCGCAAGGAACUUGGUUUCCGCACAGCAGCCUUGUACUCCGGUUCUCUCCUUUCCGGUGCUUUUUCUGGUCUCAUUGCGGCGGGGAUUACUAGCGGCAUGGACUACAAGAUGGGUCUCCGUGCCUGGCGUUGGCUGUUCAUCAUCGAAGGCGCGAUCACCAUUGUCGUUGCCGUGAUUGCCAUCUUCAUCCUGCCUAACUUCCCUCGUACCACCAGCUGGCUCACCGAAGAGGAGAAGGCCCUGGCGACCUGGCGUCUCGAAGAAGAUAUUGGUGAGGACGACUGGGUCGACAGUGAGCACCAGUCAUUCCUGCAUGGUGCCAAGCUUGCCUUUACUGAUCCCAAGACCUACCUUCUGAUGCUCAUGAUCCUGUGCAUCGUAUCCUCCGCCUCGGUGACAAACUUUUUCCCUACUGUCGUCAAAACCUUGAAGUACGGCAACAUUGAGACUCUCCUCCUUACCGCUCCUCCCUACUGUCUCGCCGUUAUCUGCGCCUUUGCUAAUGCCUGGCAUGCCGAUCGUACCGGCGAACGUUACUUCCACGUCACUCUGCCAUUAUACGUCUCCGUUGCAGCGUUCAUCCUUGCCGCUGCAACCACUGGUACCGCGCCUCGCUACGUUUCCAUGAUGCUCAUGGUGCCAUCGUUCUACUCUGGUUACGUCGUGGCUUUGGGCUGGAUCUCGAACACCUUGCCCCGUCCGGCGUCCAAGCGUGCUGCGGCUCUCGCCGGUAUCAACUGCGUUAGUAAUGCUAGCAGUAUUUACGCCAGUUACAUGUACCCCGACAGUGAUGCGCCGCGAUUCAUUCCUGCCAUGUCCGUGGACUGCGCUACAGCCUUUGUCGCCAUCCUGUCUGCUACUGCGUUGCGCUUCCUCCUUGUCCGUCUGAACCAGAAGCUCGACCGUGGUGAGGCCGUUGAGGGCUCUGUUCCGGGCCAGGCCAGCAGUCGUGGUUUCCGGUUCUUGGUUUAA